AUGUCGUUGUCCAAAAUAAAGAACAUUGUCUUGGUCCUUUCGGGCAAAGGCGGAGUGGGCAAGUCUUCUGUGACCACUCAGUUGGCCCUCUCCCUUUCCCUCGCCGGCCAUUCCGUUGGCGUCCUAGACAUCGACCUGACCGGACCCAAUAUUCCACACAUGUUCCGAGUGGCAGACCAAGGCCGCAUCACACAAGGUCCUGAUGGCUGGCUGCCCGUCGAAAUACACGAUGCCGGUCCUACAAAAGGCCGUGGCUCCCUGCGGGUCAUGAGUCUGGGCUUCCUCGUGCGGCCAGGAGACUCGGUUGUGUGGCGCGGUCCCAAGAAGACGGCUAUGAUCAAGCAGUUCCUAACCGAUGUCGCAUGGGGCGAGACCGACUUCCUCUUAAUCGAUACACCGCCGGGGACGAGCGAUGAACACAUCUCAGCCGUCGAGUACCUCCUGCAGUUUGCGAGGCCCGACCAGCUGGCCGGUGCCGUGCUGGUCACCACUCCACAGGCCGUGGCCACGGCAGAUGUGCGCAAAGAGUUGGAUUUUUGCCAAAAGACAGGCAUCCGCAUCAUUGGCAUUGUGGAGAACAUGAGCGGCUUUGUGUGCCCCAACUGCUCCGAGUGCACCUAUUUGUUCAGCAAGGGCGGAGGACAGGUUCUGGCACAGGACUUUGGGGUCGAGUUUCUCGGCAGCGUGCCCAUCGACCCGCAGUUCUCCGUCAUGAUCUCCAAAGGCAGGCGGCCAACCUACCCUGAGGGCACAGUCCUCCUCGGGCAGAACAUCGAGUCAUUGGCGUCCAUGUACCAGUACUGCUCUCUCUGCCCGGUCUACAGAUCCAUCACGGAGAGUGUUGUUAGGAUUGUAGGCACAACAGGGUCUUGA